AUGGAAGGCUCAGAUUGUGCACAGCUGGAUGGAUUAUUGGAUGAGGAAGUCAAUGAAAAGAAUCUGCACAAUUGCAAUCCGGAAGGCAAGAAUCAGUACAAUGAAUGCUCACGCGGCAGCGAUGAGAAGGUCAACACUUUGUUGAUCAAGUAUAAUAAGCUUGGGAUUACCAACAAAGACAAGAUCAAGACACUGCUCAAGACUGAAGGCAUCAUAAUGAGUGCCACAACUGUGAAGUGUCAUCGCAAGGAACUGGGACUGAAGGCUGCUUCAACACAGACGAAAGCCAUCCCUGAGUCCAAACACCAGCAGCUUAUCAUGGAUGAGCUCACUGGUGAUCAUACUCAGUGUCAAGGCCCAGGAACUGUCAAGGAGGCCAUACAGUGA